AUGUCCCUCCGCGCCGCCGGGAAGGAGGUGAGCGAAGCCAAGAAGCUCCGCGUCGUCAUCGCUGGGGGCGGCGUUGGCGGCCUGGUGACGGCGAAGUCGCUGUCGAAGCUGCCCAACGUAGAGGUGACCGUGCUGGAGCAGGCGAGCGCCUUCGCCCGCUUCGGGGGCCCGAUCCAGAUGGCCUCGAACGCGCUGUCCACGAUCCGGGCUAUCGACGAGCCUCUCUUCGGAGAGCUCAUGAAGCGCUUCACGUUCACAGGGAACCGCAAGAACGGCCUCGUCGACGCCCUGCGGACCGAGUGGUACUGCCCGUUCGACGCGAUGAAGUCCAGCGCCCAGGCGUUCCAGCUUCCCUACACGGGCGUCGUCGACAGACCCGACCUGCAGGAAAUCCUCCUCGACUCGCUCCCAGAGGGAACCGUUCAGAACGGGAAGAAGGUGGCGAGCUACGAGAAGCUGCCCGAUUUCCAGGGCGUGAAGAUCAACCUCGAGGACGGCGAGACGGUGGAGGCGGACGUGCUCCUGGGCGCCGACGGCAUCUGGUCUGCCACCCGCGCGCAGAUGUGGAACGAGGACAAGAAGGGCCCCAACUCGGGGUGCAGCUACAGCGGCUACAUCGUCUUCGCUGGAGAGACCGUCUACCAGCCAGAGGACUACUUCGAGGUCGGCUACAAGGUUUACAUGGGGCCCAAGCAGUACUUUGUGACCUCCGACGUCGGCCGCGGGCGCAUUCAGUGGUACGCGUUCGUCGGCGUGCCGGAGAGCGUGCAGAUCCCGGCGAAGUCGGAGGACAAGAAGUCUUUCGUCCGGAAGCGGUUUUGGGGCUGGUCCCAGCAGAUCCUCGACCUGCUCGAGGCCACGCCCGCUGCGGUCAUCGAGGACCGCUCCCUCUACGACCGCCCCCCCUCGUUCUUCAAGUCCUGGGCCGACGGCCCCGUGGCCCUCAUGGGGGACGCCUGCCACCCGAUGAUGCCGAACCUCGGCCAGGGCGGCUGCCAGGCCAUGGAGGACGGCUACGUGCUGACGCAGAAGCUGCGCGCCAUCACCAACACCUCCCAGGUGCCCGCCGCGCUCGAAGAGUACUACUCGGAGCGCAUCCUGCGCACGGCCGCCGUGCAGUUCCUGUCCCGCAUCGCCUCGGACCUGCUCCUGGACACGUUCACCUUCCCCUGGAAGCCGGAAGAGGGCCUGGCCAGCCCGCACGGCCAGGGCCGCGGGGACUUCAGCUACGCCCCGGUCGUCGUGAACUACCUGAGGUACCUGCUGCCGGGCAUCUUCACGGCCCAGUUCUCGUUCUUGUAUUCCUUCCACCCGCACGAGUGGGGAAGCCAGGCCGAGGUGGACAAGCUCGUUGCCGAGGUGGCGGAGCGAGGCAAGAACGACGCUCACGAGGCCUGGAGCAAGCGCCAGGAGGCGGUGGAGAGGGGGGAGCAAGACGACACCGGCUCCGGCGUGCCGUCGUUCUUCGCCAAGGUCGCGUCCACGGCGUGA